AUGCCUACUUUAGGUUUAGGAACGUGGCAGGCGCCUCCAGAUGUUAUAGAAUCAAUUGUAUAUAAAGCUUUGGACCUAGGAUACAGGCAUAUAGAUACCGCUUUUAAUUAUAACAACGAAGACGCUAUAGGAAAUGCUGUAAAGCAAUGGAUUACUCAUGGAAAAGGGACAAGAAAAGAUUUAUUUAUUACUACCAAGCUUCCUCACGUUGGAAACAGGGCGUCUGACGUUAGGAAAUUCUUAAAUUUGCAACUGAAGCGUUUGCAAAUGGAUUAUGUCGACUUAUAUUUAAUACACGUCCCGUUCGGGUUCCAUUGCAAUCCUGAUACUUUAACACCAUUAGUUAAAGAGAAUGGAGAGUAUGAUCUAGAUAUGGAGACCGAUCAUAUUAGCACUUGGCAAGUAUUGGAGCAGUGCCAAAAAGAAGGUCUAAUACGCAACCUUGGAUUAUCAAAUUUCAAUCAAGCUCAAAUUUCGAAGAUAAUUAUGUGCUCUACGCACAAGCCUCAAGUGUUACAAGUGGAGCUACACGCUUAUUUCCAGCAACAGGAGCUACGCAAGUUUUGCGUCGAGAAUAACAUAGUGGUGACAGCAUACGCGCCACUGGGUAGUCCUGGCGCCAAGGACCAUUUCGUUAGCAAGUACAAUUACAACCCAGACACUUUCCCGGAUUUGUUAGGCCAUCCGGACGUGAAAGAGAUUGCCGAGAAGCACAACAAAACAUCAGCACAAGUUCUGUUAAAUUUCUUAGUCAAUCAAAAGAUCGUCGUCAUACCAAAGAGCACUAGUGAGAAGAGACUGAAGGACAACUCGGAUAUAUAUGACUUUGAAUUAAAGCCAGCAGAGUUGAAUUGUCUAAAGAAGUUAGAUAAGGUCUAUGUUGCAGUUCGCCGCGUCUUAUCAUGGUGUGAA